AUGAGCAUAAGUCAAACAGGAUUCACAUCAACUGCUGCUUCGAAAACGCAACGGAAUCAAGAUAAUGAUGAUAAUGACGUUGAAGUUGUGGGAGAAAUGAUAAAUCCUGGUCUUGUUGCUACUACUCAAGACUUAGCAAAAAUCUCCCCGUUUUCUAAUAUUGGAACUAUUGGACAAUAUAAUCAAAAUAAUACUUUUGUUAGUGAUUUAGUUAAAAUUGUUACCGAUAAUAACAAUUUGUUCGAUGGUAUUGAUAUUGAUUAUCCUAAUAAGUUUCCGUGCUAUCCACCACCAUCACCGCAAGGAACACCGCAAGAUUCAAAAUGGAAUUAUGGCUUUGAUAAUAAAUCUCAACAGCCAUACCUUUACCAACAACAACAACCUCCACGAUACUAUUAUGUUUCUUAUGAAAAUCUUCAAUCACUAAAAUCCAAACUUGAUUACGUGCAGCAAGUUAAUGCAGGAAUUGCAAUUUUCGAUAUAAAUAAAGAUACAGACGAUGGAAAAUUAAUGAAAUUCAUAAUAGGUGGUGCAAUAGUGGGUGGUGUAAUAGGCUCCUUAGUUUUUGUUAGCGUAAUAGUAGCAGCUGGCUUCAUAUUAUAUCGAAGACACGGACCAGGACAAGGUGUAGCAACUGUCGUGGCAAUGUUUGAUUAUGUGGGAAAAGAAGAAAAUGAUUUGAGCUUUAAAGCAGGGGAUGUAAUUGAAGUACUUGAGAGAGGAGAUGGGCCUAAUGAUUGGUGGGUGGGUAAAUUACGUGGCGUUGUAGGUGAAUUUCCUGUGAAUAUUGUUACUACUAAUAGUUUUGAUGGAGUAAGAUUAACUGAUUUUAUUUAUGUUAUCUAUGAUUAUUUGGGUGUCGCAAAUUAUCAGUCGUUAAGUGCCAAACUUGACUAUAUAAAAAAUAAUAGUUUAGCAGGAAUUGCUAUUGCAGAUAUCACCAAAGAUUCACAAUUGACAAAUUUUAUUUUGGGAAAUCAGCCGGAAAAAAGUGGAACUCCAGGUUCCCCUCCUUCAUCUACACCCACAUCAUCUAUAUCUCAGUCAUCUCCGUCUAAUGUAGGUGCAAUAGUAGGUGGUGUAAUAGCCUCCUUUAUUUUUGUUAGCGUAUUAGUGGCAGCUGGUUUUAUAUUAUAUCGAAGAAGACAUAAAAAUGUUAUAACAACAGUCGUGGCAAUGUUUGAUUUCGUGGGAAAAGAAGAAAAUGAUUUGAGUUUUAAAGCAGGAGACAUAAUUGAAGUACUUGAGAAAGGAAAUGGGCCUAAUGAUUGGUGGGUGGGUAGAUUACGUGGUGUAGUAGGUGAAUUUCCUGGUAAGUGGGUUUAUCUGUUGGAUUAUUCUUUACACUGUUAA